AUGGCUGGGUUGGAGGAGCUAAAAAAGAAGCUUACACCAUUGUUUGAUGCUGAAAGGGGCUUCUCAUCCGGGUCAACCUUGGACCCUAGUGAUUCUUACGUGCUGUCAGAUGGUGGGACUGUAAACUUACUAAGCAGAUCAUAUGGAGUGUACAAUAUAAAUGAGCUGGGAUUGCAGAAAUGCACUUCUUCACCUGAAGAUGAAACAGACCAUAGCGAAAAGACAUAUCAAUGUGCCUCUCAUGAGAUGAGGAUUUUUGGAGCAAUAGGAAGUGGUGCUAGCAGUGUUGUUCAGAGAGCUAUCCAUAUUCCUAUGCAUAGAAUUCUUGCCUUGAAGAAAAUUAACAUUUUUGAAAAGGAGAAAAGGCAACAGCUUCUUACUGAAAUACGGACUCUUUGUGAGGCACCUUGUUAUGAGGGUCUUGUGGAAUUCCAUGGAGCAUUUUAUAGUCCUGACUCUGGGCAAAUAAGCAUAGCCUUAGAAUACAUGGAUGGAGGAUCACUGGCUGAUAUUUUACGAUUGCAGAAAAGAAUACCAGAACCAGUGCUUUCACAUAUGUUUCAAAAGCUUCUGAAUGGACUAAGCUACUUGCAUGGGGUUAGGCAUUUAGUUCACAGAGAUAUCAAACCAGCAAAUCUGCUCAUGAAUCUCAAAGGGGAACCAAAAAUAACAGAUUUUGGGAUAAGUGCUGGCCUAGAAAAUUCUGUCGCAAUGUGUGCUACUUUUGUUGGAACCGUAACAUACAUGUCACCUGAGCGAAUUCGGAAUGAUAGCUAUUCUUAUCCAGCUGAUAUUUGGAGCCUAGGUCUUGCUCUCUUUGAGUGCGGCACAGGGGAAUUCCCAUAUACAGCUAAUGAAGGACCGGUCAAUCUUAUGUUGCAGAUCUUGGAAGACCCAUCACCAUCACCAUCCAAACACAACUUUUCUCCAGAGUUCUGCUCAUUUAUUGAUGCUUGCCUUCAGAAGGAUCCAGAUACUAGGCCGACAGCAGAGCAGCUUCUUUCACACCCAUUUAUUACAAAGUAUGCGCACACUGAUGUUGACCUAGCAGCAUUUGUCCAGAGUGUGUUUGAUCCAACACAGAGGAUGAAGGAUUUGGCUGACAUGCUGACAAUACACUAUUACUUACUUUUUGAUGGGCCUGAAGAACUUUGGCAGCACACAAAGGCCUUUUAUAAUGAAGGCUCGAUUUUUAGUUUCUCUGGGAAACAAUCUGUCGGUGCAAGUGAUAUAUUUGCAACUUUGUCCGACAUACGGAGUACAUUAGCUGGUGAAUGGCCUCCUGAAAGGCUUGUUCAUGUUGUGGAAAAAUUACAGUGCCGUGCUCAUGGUCAAGAUGCAGUUGCAAUCCGCGUCUCAGGAUCCUUUAUAAUUGGAAAUCAGUUUCUUAUAUGUGGAGAUGGUGUGCAAGUUGAGGGACUGCCAAAUUUUAAGGAUCUUUCAAUUGACGUCUCAAGCAAGCGAAUGGGUACAUUUAAAGAACAGUUUAUAAUGGAGCCUGGAAAUGUGAUUGGGCGUUACUUCAUUGCUAAACAAGAGCUUUAUAUCUUUCAGGAGAAUAACUGA